AACAUCGUCUUUGUAGCGGUGUUGUGGUUCGAAUAAUUGCGAUUCACCAUGAUGCCUUUGUUGCUGUUAACAAUGAAACAGCUUUUAGAGCAAAAACAGAAACAGAAGAGGCAAUCUCUCGGAAUGGUCCAAGCUUCAGAUAUUCGACCAACAUCCAGUAACAGCCAAAGAGGAUUGAUUCGAGAAGUCAAGCCCUUGAUGGCUGACUACAGUAUUCAGAGGAAUAGCAAUGAUAGCAUUGCUCUGUGCUAUGACGGGCCUCUUCAGUACACAAUGAACUCGGAUAACCCUGAUGGUACAGCAACAUCAGAAAUUGUGAGGUCAUUUUCAGAGCUAGGAGGUGAUGGAAAUGUUAACAUCCUAAAAUUAGUGCAAACUACCGACAGUUCUCAUGCAAAUGCUGAAGUAAAAAUGACUGAACACUCACGUUCACACGAUGACGACCUAAGAUCCGCGAAAGGGACAAGUCAGUUUCGUUGGAAUCGUGGUGAUCAAAGAUCCAUGAAAAUGAUCAUUCCAUCUCGUGCAAAUGAUGACGUCAAAACUAUCGACCAACCAGAAUUAAAGAAAAAGCUUGAUCGGCUAAACUUGCCUUCUCAAGUAAAUCAUGAUGAAGAAGAAGAGAGAGUUCCAAUUAUUCAGGCUUUUUCAAGUGAAUCAGACCUUCCAACAACCAAUCCUCACACUGUUGCUCAGUUACACCUUGGUGAGAGUCAAGAUUUGGUUAGAAACACCUUAUCAGGUGAAGUUGCACCUGCAGAAGAUGUGAGUGAAAGGGUCCAGAACUCCUCAACAUUGUCAAAUGUAACUAAAAAUUACAAAGACAGUCAGAUAGACAAACAAGUGUCUGGGCCCAGUGUGGAUUUCUGUAAAUUUGAAAACUUGUUGGAGAAUCUACCUGCAUUUGUUAAUGAACCCUGCCCCUGGGGAAUGACAAUUAGAUGUCGUAUAACUCGAGAUAACAAAGGGGUGGACCGAGGAUUUUUCCCUACAUAUUUUCUGCACUUGGAAAAAGAUAAUGGAAAAAGAAUUUUCUUGCUUGCCGCGAGGAAGAGAAAAAAAAGUAAAACUUCAAACUAUCUAAUAUCAGUGGAUCCAAUUGAUAUGUCACGAGGAGGUGAUUAUUUUGUGGGAAAAUUGAGGUCUAAUAUUUUUGGAACGUCUUUCACUCUCUUUGAUGGUGGAAUUAACUCAAAGAAAGCAAGCCUUUUUGAUGACAAAAAUAAUCUGCGUUGUGAACUUGCCACUGUUGUUUAUGAAACUAAUGUGUUGGGAUUUAAAGGUCCAAGACAAAUGACUAUUAUUAUUCCACAAAUUUCAUCUGACAACAAGAGGAUAGACAUAAGACCAGUAUCUGAUACUGAUACUUUAUUUGAAAAGUGGAAAAGAGGAAACAUUGAAAACUUGUUGGAACUUCACAACAAAGCUCCUGUGUGGAACAAUGAAAGUCAGAUGUACAUACUAAAUUUUCAUGGACGUGUCACCCGACCAUCUGUGAAGAACUUUCAGAUUGUUCAUGACAAUGAUGUGGGCUACAUCAUAAUGCAAUUUGGCCGAGUGGAUGAAGACAUCUUUACAUUGGAUUACAGGUACCCCAUGUGUGGUCUUCAAGCAUUUGCCAUUGCUAUCUCCAGCUUUGACACCAAACUAGCAUUUUAUCUACCUUGGCUCUACCAUUACUGACAGCCUCUCGCUUGAUGCUGAGAUCGACAGGAGGAUUGGAAAGGCAACCACGAUGCUUGCUCGCCUUACGCUAAGAGUGUGGACAAACUCUAAGCUGACCGUGAAGACAAAGAUGUCUGUAUACAGCGCCUGUGUCCUCAG